AGUGAGCAUGUUGUCAGCCUUCAUCGCUCCCUUCAAGCACUUGAGCCCUGGGGCCACUAACACGGAGGAUGACGACAAUCUAAGUACCAGCAGCGCAGACGUGAAGGAGAACCGAAAUGUGAGCAACCUGGAGGCACGGCCACUGCCCGCGGGUGACAGGGCCCGAGGCGGUGCACCUGGCAUGAAGAGGAAAAGGCCCCUGGAGGAGGGCAACAGCGGCCACUUCUGCAAACUGCAGCUGAUCUGGAAGACGCUCUCGUGGUCGAUGACGCCCAAGAACGCGCUGGUGCAGCUGCACGAGCUGCGGCCCGGCCUGCAGUACCGGAUGGUGUCCCAGACCGGCCCGGUGCACGCGCCCGUCUUCGCUGUGGCAGUGGAAGUGAAUGGGCUCACGUUCGAGGGCACGGGGCCCACCAAGAAGAAGGCCAAGAUGCGGGCAGCCGAGCUGGCCCUGCGCUCCUUCGUGCAGUUCCCCAACGCCUGCCAGGCCCACCUGGCCAUGGGCAGCAGCCCCAGCCCCUGCACGGACUUCACCUCCGACCAGGCCGACUUUCCCGACACGCUCUUCAAACAGUUUGAGCCCUCGGCACCCAGUGCAGCCUUCCCGGGCCACCGCCCUGCCCAAAUGCUGCGCAGCACGCUGGACCUGGUGGCCCCGGGCGAGGGGAACCCGGUGGUGGUGCUGAACCAGCUGCGGGCCGGCCUGCGCUACGUGUGCCUCUCGGAGCCGGCCGACAGACAGCGGCCGCGCAGCUUCGUCAUGGCUGUGAGCGUGGAUGGCAGGAUGUUUGAAGGCUCGGGACGCAGCAAGAAGCUGGCCAAGGGCCAGGCGGCGCAGGCGGCCCUCCAGGCCCUCUUCGACAUCCGGCUGCCCGGCCACAUGCCCAGCAGGAGUAAAAGUCACCUCCUGCCCCAGGUGAGAAUUCUCAGGUAG